GUUUCAUCCCGAUUGGAAGAGAUGUUGUUUUGGUUUUGCAAUAGGUUCUUUGUGGGAGCGACAGCGUGGUAGAGUCGUUGUCCAUUUGCGUGUCUGUGCUGGCGCCGCUUUGAUGUGGCAAUGGAUUGAGAUUCAUGCAGACCCUCAAAGAUCUCACAAACUCGUUGCAUGACAAUGCAAGUUUGCAGCGAUUGCGGGAGAAUUUGAAUGAGAUACCCAAGAGGUGGUUGGCGAGAGUUGACCAGCCAGAGGACUAUUUGCUGGGCACAGUGAAGGGUGAGUGCAAUUAUCACUUCAAGUUUCGGCUUGAAGGUGGUGGAUACUUCCAGACGGGAGUUCUGGUGGCUUCUGCAGAAGCAAGUCCUGGAGGCCUUCCCGUGCCAUUGCGCUGCAAAUGGAGACGGCGAGUUGGAGAUUUACCAGUUGAGAUACCUGGUGUCACUUCGAAUAUGUAUCAGAUCUCGGCUGAUGAUGUUGGGACCGACAUUUCAGUAGAGGCACAACCAGCAGACGCCGAUGAUGGUCAUCAUGGCAUUGUUGUCGGGGAGAUUGGUCCCUUCGAGCUUGAUCCAGCAACUCGACGGAGUCUUGACAAUGCACUGGGAUUUGGUGGAAGCAGGUUUACUGUAAUGCAAUCAAAACUUCCUGGAGAACCAGCCAGUGGGCGUCAGGACUUGAGCAUCCAAGUAUCCACUGAAGGCGUAAGAGUAGCACCUGUGCAAGGAGGCUACAGUCAAAACCGAGAAAGCAGGGAAAUUUAUGCUGAGUACACCGGAGACUACCCGAAGGUUAUCAUUCAUCCGUUGGACACGUCAAAGUUUCAGCUGGUGAUGAGCGAAGUCAAGACGUUCCACCUCAUUGCGCUUUCCCGCACAUCUCGAGAUCUCAUUGCUUUGACCAUCCGAUGCUUUCACGCCAAGAAGUUCAUGUCAACGUCCAGUAUUUUGCAGACGGUGUUACCUGUUUCAAUGCCUGACGCUACAGGUGUGAUGCCUACUAUGGACUCGCGGCUCGAUGCCUCAAUCGUUUUAGAGAGGCUCGCAAAGGAAUUGAAUCGCACCAUGCAGCAGAAAGAGGUUGCUGAGAAGGUGUUGAGAAACACAAAUCACGAGAAGAAGCAGUUACAGGAGCAGCUGAUGGAGACAAUCUCCGGGUUCACAGAGGUUAUUGAAAGCCUGCAAGAUCAGUGUACAGAUGAGGCACCUGCUCCAUCAGCUGACCGCCUGCAGGACCAGUUGCGUGAUGUCACUGCAUCCAAUCACGCACUGCAGGCAGAGUUGGAGACGUUGAGGAUUCAUUUGGAAAAGUUGGCGGAGUCACGCAAGGCAGCUGAAGCCAGAUCACGAUCCGGUUUGGGCGCUGGUCCUGAAGCACAGGUACAUCAACUGAAAGAUGAGAGAGACAUGUUGAAGGUCCGCUUGGAAGAGUUGAGCACGAACACAACAGGUGUUCAACAUGACCAGCAAGAGCAGGUGCACACACAAGAGCUGAAGCGCUUGCGGCAGGAUGUCGAGGCUCUACACAAUCAGAAGGAGCAACUAAGAAAGCACCUUCAGGACCAAGACAGAGAGAGACAGGAAUUGCAGGACAAUUUUCUCUACGUGAAAGGCCAACUCGACAAGGUUCAGCUAAAACAAGCAGAGGCCGCAGAAAAUGGUUCUUCAGAUGGUCGCAAGGAACUGCAGAGGCACCGACAAACCCUUCAGACUGUGACAGAUGAGAGAAAUCGGCUUGCCAACCGUUUGGAGAGCACACUCAAUGUACUUGAGAAGGAGAAAGCUUAUCAUGAACAAUCCGUAGAGCGAGUGACUUCAGCAAACUCGAAGUUGAUGGAGGAGAAGGACCGGAUUUCGAAAGAAGUGGAGCGACUGUCCAACCUGUACACAGAAUCUGUGAAUCAAUUGCAGUUUGGUUUGAAUGAAGCGCAAGCAGGAAGCGUUUUCAGGUCGGAUUCAGAAGCAAAUCCAGUGGAUCCGGCUGAAAUGGCUCACCUAAAGUUGCAAGCUGAAGAAUUGGAAGCGACAAUCCUGGAGAAGGAGGAGGAAAAUGAUGCCCUGAAGACCCGCAUUCGGAAGCUGGCUGUUUCAUGACGCCUUGCAGCCAAGGCCCGUCACAGCACGUCUCACCAGGACCACCAGCGUUCACCAGCGUCACCAAUGUCAAAAGACUUGUGUGGGUUUCUACGCAGCUACUCCGGCACAGAUCUGUGACGCCGUACUGCAAGAUAUUGAGAACGCACAGACACACACUCUGACAUUGGUUUUCAGUUAUCCAAUUCCCAAGUGGAAAGAAGGUGGAGAACCGCAAGGCGAAAGGUCCAA